AUGUCGUGCGUCCACGUGGCGAGCAGCGAGGCCGCCGGCGAGCCGGACUACUCGCCGGUGUCGUGGCGGGAGUACUUCGACCGCAUGGAGGACGUGAGCGCCGGGCCGGACGCCAACGGGGACGUCUACAGGAUCUACACGGCGGGGGACGACGGGCCGCUGCUGGUCCUGCUGCACGGAGGAGGACACUCGGCUCUGUCGUGGGCCGUCUUCACCACGGCGAUCGGCAGCAGAGUGAGCUGCAGGGUUCUGGCCAUGGACCUCCGGGGUCACGGUGACACUCUGGUCCACCAUCGAGAGGACUUCUCAACUCACACCAUGUCCAGCGAUGUAGCCAACGUGAUUAGAGCCUGCUACGGUGAGACUCCUCCCCCUAUCGUCCUGAUUGGCCACGGCGUCGGCGGGGCGAUCGCCGUGCACACGGCCAGCAACAUGGUGCUGCCGACCGCCACGGGCCUGGUGGUGAUAGACGUCGUAGAAGGAAGUGCGACGGAGGCCCUGCACAGCAUCCAGAACUUCCUGAAGGAAAGACCCAAGUCCUUCAAGUCCAUGGACCACGCCAUAGAGUGGAGUGUCAACAGCGGGCAAAUCACAAACCUGGAAUCUGCCAAAGUCUCAAUGGUUGGUCAGAUCAAAAGAUCUGAGGUGGUGGAGGAGGCGGCCCUCGACGACCCCGUCGGCCCGGUGACCGACGUGGUCGUCGAGGGCAACGGAGAGUCCGACGAUCGGAGUGGCGACAAAGACGACGAGGUGAGGCUCAGCGAAGGCCAGAGUGUGUACGUGUGGCGUGUAGAUCUGUCCAAGUCAGAAAAGUACUGGGACGGCUGGUUUAGAGGAACCUCCAACCUCUUCCUGGCCUGCAACCUGCCCAAGCUCAUGCUACUGGCCGGAAUCGACCGGCUUGAUAGAGAUCUGACUAUCGGACAGAUGCAAGGUAGAUUCAUGAUGCAGGUGCUGCCCCCCUCUGGACACGCAGUGCAUGAAAACAAACCAGAAAAAGUGGCUGAAGCUGUGGCUUCCUUCCUGUUGAGACACAAGUUGGCUGAAGCCAGAAGAGAAACCAGCAGCUCCAACUCGUUCACACAAUGA